AUGGCAGCACAGAUAGGUGGGUAUGUGGUUGGAUCCUCAGUGUCUGAGGGUCCCAUUGGAAAACAAAUCUCGCCACCACAGCUAAGGUCAUCCCUGGAGGGGGACCAUGAAAACAUUGUUGACAACAAGGCAAAGACAACAGCAACCCCACAGGAUCAACUCACCUCUUUGUGGAAAAGGAGAGACACUGAGGUUGUGGUUUCUGUGAUCCCUACACAAACCAAAGUAACAUCAUUUAUCAUUCAUCACAGUGAACUUUGUACACUUCGGCCACACCAGUGGCUAAAUGGCGAGAUAAUUGAAGCCCUGUUUCAUAUUGCUGCCAGUGAGCUAGAGAUCGGGAAUUCCAUUUACAUUCUUAAUCACUACGUAGCAGGUGUGAUUCUGUUUGGGGAAAAACCUCAGCUUGCCUGGCAAAAAUUGUCAAAGAUUAACUUGAACAAUUACCAGGGAAUUGUUUCUUUUGUGAACAUUGACAAUGUCCAUUGGAAGUUUCUGUUCAUAAAUGCGGUCAACCACACAGUGUACCUGGUAGACCCAUCAAAAAGUCCCACAGAGAAAGAUGACUCAAUUCAUGCUGCCCAAAAACUCAGUGAGUACAUACAAAUGAGGAAUACUCAACAAAGAAAAACAGAGUGGCUGAAUAUACAGUGGAAAGGAGGAGUUAUGACACAUCCAGUCCAGCAGGAUGGCAGUAGCUGUGGCGUCAUUGUUGUCUUGGUAUGUGACAUAUGGCAAGGGAAAUAA